AUGGCUUGGGUUGUUUUGUUCUUUGUGAUCAUGUUGAAUAUGUCUGUUAACUUGAGAUGGUCUACAUUUAGUCCAGUAUCUUCUAUUUCUGCUGAAUACAUGGAUGUGUCUAUCUCAAGUAUUACUUGGUUAUCCAACUGUGCUACUUUAAUCUUUAUUGCCAUUAGUAUCUGCACAGGAUGGAUAUUUGAACAUUAUGGCAUGAAGACUUGUUUUUUGUUGGCUGGCGCGACAAAUAUUAUAGGAAGUUGGAUUCGAUACUUUGGUACUUUUGCACCCCUUCAUCAACGCUAUGCUAUUAUCAUGUUUGGCCAGUGUGUUGCCUCUAUUGCUGAACCUUUUAUCAUGAAUAUCGGUACUCAUUUUGCAGCUGUUUGGUUUGCUACUCGUCAUCGUGUAACUGCAAAUACACUUCAGGUUUUACCAUUGGGUAUGAUUGUGGCUACUUUAUCUAUACCUAGAUUGAUUGUUUCCCCUGAAGAUAUUCCAAGAGCUUUAUUGAUCACAGCUUGUAUCUCCACUGCCUUUAGCCUUCCUUUCUUGGUAUUACCCGCUGUUCCAAAAGUGCCACCUACAGAAAGUUCCAAAGUGCCUCGUCUGUCUUUUCGUCAGAGUAUACGCAUCUUGUUCAAAAACCGCAAUUUCAUCUUGCUUGUGUUUGUGUUUAGUAUUGGAUUUUCUUUGUUUGCGUCUGUGGUGGCCAUUACAAACACUAUCUUUCGACCUCAAGGAUUUACAAAUACUCAGAUAGGAUUAGCUAGUUUUGUACGUAUCAUGAGUGGUGUAGGAGGUGCUAUCCUUGCUGGUCGAAUCACAGACUGGACAGGCCAACACGUACUUGUACUCAAGAUAGCUGCACCCAUGACAGUAGUGACCACUGUCAUUUUAUACCUUCAAGUAGACACCUAUGCAUUUAUGAUGGUCUCUUGCUUUCUUCAUGGUUUCUUUGUCUUUCUCAUCUUGCCUAUUUCCCUUGAAUUAGCAGCUGAAUGUACAUUCCCUGUGUCUGAAUCAGUGAGUGCUUCUGUUCUCUGGUUAUUCUGUCAAAUCAGUUCAUUCUGUACGACACUCAUAAUGGACGCAUUACGUGCAGGUCCUGAUGCUUCCCCACCCAACAACAUGAAGCAUGCCCUUAUUUAUGCUAUCGCACUCGCUUGUUUUGGUGCCAUCCCUUCCUUAUUUCUCAAGUCUGAUUUAAAGCGUAUUGAACGCGACCAUGUUUAA